AUGUCAGAACAACACUUAGAGAUCGGGCAGCACCGGGAAUGGAUAGACAAGUUCAGGAGUAAGGUUUCUCGGUAUGGAAGAGCAGCUGAUCUUGCACCAACCAUUGAAUGCGUAGAUUCAAAACCAACGAUGAUACUUGAAGAAGCAGUCAGGUGCGCCCGAGGGAGCGACAAGGGAAGCCCCUCUUUUCACGACAUAAACGAAAGGAGAAGCUCAGGGGCAGAGGAGACGGAGCAGCGCCUUUCAGAUCCGCGCCAGGCCGACAAGUAUGAGAUAGAUGCUCUCAAAUGCGCAAUUGAAUCCGAGUGGUGGCGAACAGACAAAGCUAUCUGGGACCCAUCGAUGAUAUUUGAUUGCCCCGGCUCUGACUUCACCAUAGAAGGGAAGGAAAAGAGGCUAGUUCGUGGCUUUUAG